AUGAAAACUUGCCUCCUUGCGUCUACCGCCUACAUUGCCGUGGCGACGGCGGCUUCGUGCACGCACGAGGUCCGUGCUGUGUGGUACGCCAACGCAUUCCAAGCGGUCGAGUCCAAUUUUGCUUCGUGUGCCAAGGACGCCAACGUAUCAUUAUCGACCCUCAAGGCAGGCGCGGUGAAAAACGCGACGCAAGAGAUGGUCGACAAUCUCACCAAGAGUCCCAACUGCGUCGCGGUCUUUACCUCGGUCCACGCUGCGUCCAACGCCGUGCUUCCGCCGUGCCUCAUCGGUACCAUGUGCGGCAUCUCCGCCACGACGUCCCAGUUCGGCGCACUCUCGUAUGACCAAUUCGUGCACGUACUGCUCCGAACGUCCAAGUGCACGAUUCCCGAUGACCCUUUGAGUGCCGCCCCUGGGAUUCCCAGCCUCCCGCCGAGUGCGACGGCUAGCGUUCCGUCGAGUGCCUCAACACUUGGGCUCGGCGUCGUUGCCACCGGCACGCUUGCGCUUGCACUCUUGUACUAA